AUGGCUCCGUUUGAGGAGUUGUAUGAGAGGAGGUUUAGGUCUCCUAUUGGAUGGUUCGAUGUGAUCGAGGUGAGACCUUGGGGCACCGAUCUUCUACGAGAGUCCCUAGAGAAGGUGAAGGUGAUUCAAGUCAAGCUUCUAGCAGCGCAGAGCAGGCAAAAGGAGUAUGCGGGCUGCAAGGUCCGAGAUCUUGAGUUUGCAGAGGGAGAACAAGUAUUGUUGAAGGUCUCACCUAUGAAGAGUGUGCCGAGAUAUAUAGUACCAUUUGAGAUCCUCAAGUGUAUGGGGGAGGUGGCUUAUAAGUUGGUCUUUCCCCCGAGUUUAUCAGGCAUUCAUCUAGUGUUCCAUGUUUCGAUGUUGAAGAGGUAUCACGGGGAUGGUUCAUACAUAAUCUGUUGGGAUUCGAUUUUAAUAGAUGAAAAUUUUUCAUAUGAGGAGGAGCCCGUUGCCAUCUUAAAUAGGAAUGUUCGCAAAUUGAGGUCCAAGGAAAUAGCCUCUGUGGAAAUCCAGUGGAAGAAUCAUCCGGUAGAGGAUGCUACUUAG